AUUUAUGAAGAUAUUUGAAAAGGAUAAGAAACAAAAGACACGUGGAAGAACUGCGGAGGUCGUUGGAAAUAGAGCGGGUUUUGUUCCGAUAAACCAAACAACGACGGUCUGAAACGAAACGGGUUUUAAAUAUCUCUCCGCCGUCUUUUCGAUCACUUUUUUUCGUUUCUUUUUUGCAUUUUCAACGGCUGUCCGCGACCAAACCCAUCUUCCAAGGUUUUCUCCUCUCUCUGUCUGCUUUUUCGUUCCCAAAAUCUUCAUCAUUGGGGCAUCUCCAGGUUCCCAAGUUUUCCUUUUUUAUCGGUUUUGUUGGGAUUAUUGGAAACUCAACUCUACACGCAAUACUACUACUCCCCUUUGGUUCUUUCUGUGUUUUUAUAAAGUUUGAUACUUUAACCGUUUUUUCUUAUUAAUGGGGUAUAAUCAGCCUGAUCCAGAUGCUCUUCGUUGGGGUCUCCUCGAUCUCGAAGUGUGCACCCUCACAAACGCUGGCUCUUGCGGCAGCGUUACGCGUUACGAGACAGAUGAUGCUGCUGUCGCUCAAGGCUACGUUAGAGAAGGUUACAACCAGCCUCUCACUGGUUAUGCAGACAACGAUGCGGUUUUAGCUCAGUUUUACCAGGACGAGUUGUCUAGAGUUGAACGAGCUGAAGAAGGGUCUCAUCUGAGGCUUAGUGAUAAUCCUAGUCGGAUCUCUGUUGUUUCACAAGAGUGGCCUCAUCACCCUCUUCAAGGGGAAGCUGUUGAUAUUUCUCGUGAAAGUGACAUGGAGGAUAGGAUUCAGGGAGCGCAGAGUGCUCCAGCUCGUGGUGAUGAUGAUGAGUCAGAUUGUUCUGUGGAGAUAGAGGAAGAGUCUUGGUCUUUGGAUUCUGAGGUUGGCAAGCGAAUGAACCAAUUGAUACCUAUUGCUCAUGUGCCGAAAAUCAAUGGGGAGUUACCGUCAGAGGAUGAGCAGGUUUCUGAUCAUGAACGGCUCUUUCAGAGAUUACAGCUUUAUGGCUUGGUGGAGAACAAGAUAGAAGGAGACGGAAACUGCCAGUUUCGGUCACUGUCAGAUCAGCUAUACCGCUCUUCAGAGCAUCAUAAUUUUGUCAGAGAACAAGUUGUUAAUCAGGUUGAGAGAUAUAUAGUAUCAAGAAAUGAAUCUAGUUCCCUCCAUAUCAGCUUGCAUUUGACAUUCUCUCAUAUUUUGUUUCAGCUUGCGUAUAAUCGAGAGAUGUAUGAAGGUUAUGUUCCAAUGGCGUACACUGACUAUCUUAAAACAAUGAAACGGAAUGGAGAAUGGGGUGAUCACGUUACUCUUCAGGCUGCUGCUGAUUGGUAUGGUGUUAGGAUGUUUGUGAUAACUUCAUUCAAGGAUACAUGUUACAUUGAGAUCUUGCCUCAUCUGCAGAAGUCUAAUCGCCUUAUAUGUUUAAGCUUCUGGGCUGAGGUUCAUUACAAUUCAAUCUAUCCUGAAGGAGAGCUGCCGGUACAGGAAGGCAAGAAGAAGAAGAAAUAUUGGGUUUUCUGAGCUCUGAUGGGAGCGUUGAUGAAGUCUGAAUAAUAUUUAACAUGUUUAUUCUUGUUGCUAACUUUAGUUCUAGAGAGCAAUAUGCUCUUGUACAUUACUUAGACUUAUAGCAUUCUCAUUUGUUUUGUUUUUAAGAUUUACUUUUAUAGGUGUGGUAAUAAAUAAAUAGAGGAAGGUUAUAGCUC